UCCGGAUCCUGGGCAGAGGAGGCUUGCGUUGACGGUUGGUACUGUGCGGAGUACUGGGGCACGAAUAUCUGUUUUUUAAAGAGGGUUUUGCGUUUCCAAAAGUUGACAUCUGCAAGUAUGCAGUCGGAAUCGGGAAUAGUUCCCGACUUCGAGGUCGGAGAGGAUUUUCAAGAGGAGCCUAAAACGUAUUACGAAUUGAAGAGUCAGCCCUUGAAAAACAGCAGUCCGUCAGACCAACACAGUUCAUCCAAGCCCCCGCUGAGCUCCUCGGCCAUGACAUCGCGCAUCCUGCUGCGGCAACAGCUGAUGCGGGAACAGCUUCAGGAGCAGGAGCGGCGGGAGCAGCAGCGACAACAGGCCUCCCAGUACACACAAACUACACAGGCCCAAACGCCUGCCAUCAAUGUCAGUGUCCCGGUCAGUUUACCACCUGCUGCACAGGUCCCAAUGGAGGUGCUAAAGGUUCAGACUCACCUGGAGAACCCAACCAAGUACCACAUCCAGCGGUCCCAGCAGCAGCAGGUGAAGAGGUACCUGGGAAAGCUUGGUUCUCAGGCGUUGAGCUUGCCCUGCCCCAACCAGUCCUCUGACCACGGGGGCAUGCCGCCAGGGCCGGGCAACAGUGCCCCUAACAGCCCUAUGGCCUUAUUGACCCUCAACUCCAACUGCGAGAAAGAGAUGGACGAUGUAAUUGAUGACAUUAUUAGUCUGGAGUCCAGUUACAGCGAUGAUAUCCUCGGCCUAAUGGACCCAGGACUUCAGAUGGCAAACACGAUCCCUGUGCCUGCUAACCUCAUGGACAUGUAUGGCAAUCAGGGUAUGCCCCAGCAAGGUCUGCCCAUCAGCAACUCCUGCCCUGCCAACCUGCCAAACAUCAAAAGGGAAUACUCUGUUUCACAAUCCCCGGCCAUCAUGCAUAUGCUGGAUAAGUCAGGAUCCUGUGGCAAAUUUGACACCUAUCAAAGGCCUGAAGGGUUCCCUGUGGAAGCAGAGGUAAGAGCCCUGGCAAAGGAGAGGCAGAAGAAGGACAACCACAAUUUGAUUGAGAGAAGGCGACGGUUUAACAUCAAUGAUCGAAUUAAGGAGUUGGGAACUUUAAUUCCAAAAUCAAAUGACCCAGAUAUGCGCUGGAACAAAGGCACUAUCCUGAAGGCAUCAGUGGACUACAUCAGGAAGCUGCAGCGGGAACAGCAGAGGGCCAAGGAGCUGGAGAAUCGUCAGAAGAAGCUUGAGCAUGCCAACCGGCACCUGAUGUUGAGAAUACAGGAAUUAGAGAUGCAGGCGCGGGCUCACGGUCUGGCCAUUGCAUCUUCAGCGCUCUGCUCUGCUGAAAUUGGGGUACGGACCAUCAAGCAAGAGCCUGCUCUGGAGGACUGUCACCAGGACCUGUACACACUCCAUCCCCAUCACCAACAACACCCCGCCUGCACUCCUGAAACACCCAGCAACCUCGAGCUAAACGAAGGCCACUCUAACUUCUCCGAGGGCCACUACGGCGUUCACAGUAAGUCGGGCUCCAAACUCAACGACAUCCUCAUGGAAGACACCUUAUCACCGGUGAGGGGGGGCGACCCUUUGCUCUCAUCCGUCUCCCCAGACACCUCAAAGGACAGCAGUCGCAAGAGCAGUGUAAGCAUGGAUGAGAAUGAGCAGGGUUGUUAGCACCCCCUACUGGAACACUCCUCACCUGCAUUUUCAGCCCCUCCACCUACUGCUACAAGUCAGUGGCAAACACACUUUGAGCUGCUGGAAAGGCUUUCUUCUGUUUGUUGUCCUUUCUCUGUUUGUUUUAUUUCUCCUCUCUCCCACCUGUGUUUACAUGUAUUGAAUCUUUUUCCAAAUUGUUUGUUUCUUUUCUCGUGUUAUGUCUUUUCAAGCCCUUGACCCUGAUUUCAAGGACUGAUUUUUUUUAAGUGUUUGCUUUAAUCAAUACUUUGAUGACAAUGAGUUACAAAAAUAGAAGUUUUUAUAUUUAAAAAAAAUAUGCAUUUAUCUUUGGAUAGAGGCUAGAUUAUCCUUUUUUUCUAUUGAUUCCAAAGAAUCUAGGGAAAUUAUAAAUCAUGGUCAGAAAUGUAGAUAUUUUGUGGUGAGAUAAGCACUGCUUUUUAAAUCAAUAGCAAUAAUAGAAGGAAAAAGAUCUAUUUAUUACUAUAGUGCAUUACACUCUGUGUGUCUUAGAUUGAACUUGAAUGUGCCAAUGCCUUAUUAAGAUGUGUAUACAUCGUUGUCGUAUUGCUAUGCACGUGUUGGCUGUUAGAGUCUUUGUCAGUCUUCCAGUUGAAAUUUCUUGCUUGACAAAUAUUAAAUCAUCUGUAGAUUAUAUAAAUACACACACGUGUGUAAACAAGAUGUUAUGAAUACAUUCCCCUUAAAGCUAAUUUAUUACAUGGAUUUUGAAAGAGCCAUUAUUAAUAAAUGAAAGCACAUUUAACAAAUUAAUAAAUAAAAGCUAGAAUCUCUCUUUUAAGAUCAUUACAAUGAACUCAUUACAUGAGAAUAAUUUUAGUCUUUUAUUCAGUGUUAUACAUUCACCACACACUCUUUAACUACCCAGUGCCAAUAACAGACACAGUAUGUUACCAGUACAUUCCUCAAUGCCAAAACUGCCAAAAUACCCCCAAAUUUGUCUCAAAACUAGUAGAAUAAAAAUAGGCUAUAAAUGGUCUGACAAGAAGCUGUUGUCACUUGAUAGCUCUAGAUUUCUUAAUUAUAGAAAUCUUUAUUUUUUUUAAUCUAAUAGAUGUUAAUCAAUUAUUGUAAUGGGUUUUUUUUAUCUUUAGUGAUCAGACAGACAUAACUGGUUAAACUUAGAGUAUUCCAGCACAGACUUCAUACUGUAAUACUGCAGACCUGUUAAUCUCAGAUUUUACAAAUUUCCUUUGAUUUCCUAAAUUAUUCUUGUUGUUUUUUUGGGUUUUUUUGAUAUACCACGUCAGUGACAUUUCACAUUCAGGACAUUUUUUUUCAUGAUGUGAACAUUUAUAUUGCCAAGGAGUAUAAGGAGACUGCUUUGGGAUUUUGUAUGAAAUGCGUGACAUUGUCAAAACACUGGAAUGACUUCUGAUAAUUGAAACCUGGUUUGUUUGCCUGUCUUUCUUUUAAAUCUGAGCAUAAACUAACUAUUUCAAAUGCAUACAGAAUCUUGUGAAAAGCUGUGGAUUCUUGGAUGGUUGUUGUAUAUUUCCACAGUUUGUUUUGAACAGUUCUAGCAUGUUCCAUAGGUAUACCUUUUUAAUAACCACCUGCCAUAUACUACGAGCCCUGUUACAGCACAGCCUCCAUUUUGUCAAACUAUGCAAUGGUUAAAGUUGUGCCUGUAACGCAGCAUCAUGUCUUCAAAGGGUUUUCUCUUUAUGAAUGAGUCUGAAAUGGUGUCGAGGCAAUUAUCUUUUCAUUUAAGUGCCUUAAACUUGUUUUUUUUUACCCUGAAGAUGAAAGAGAAGGAAAAAAAAAUGUUUUGUUGAUGUUUAUAUUGGUGUGUGGAGCUUCAUAGAGCGCUACAGUCUGUUAAAGAGCUACACUACAAGUCCCUCAAACAAAAGAAUCACGAGUAUUGUUAUUAUGGAACGCCAAAGUGUUCAACAUUAAAUAAGGAAGUAAAUUAGGAAAUAAGUCAUUAUAAAUGCAGAGUAAAAUAUAUAAGUAAUUAAUAAUUAUACCCUUACAUAAUAUUUGAAUUAGUGUUCUGUAUUAUUAUAAUUAAUUACUUAGUAUGUUGAUUGACUUAGAAAUCUGACUUCUUCAACCACUGACUCCACUCCACUGAAGUUGGGUCAUGGUAGCAGCAGUCUGAGCAGGGGAUACCUGAUGUCCUUUCCCCAGCAGAGCUUACCAAUUUCUGCUUGGUAUCACCAAGAUGUUUCGAGGCUUAAUAAGAUAAAUAAUCCCUGGUCUGCCCAAGGGUCUUCUCUCAAAUGGGUGUAUGCAGAAAACCUCCAAAGUGAAGCCCCCAGUAGAUGUCCAAUCCACCCCAACUGCUUCAUAUCAGCAUCUCUGAGUUCCUUCCAGAUAUCCAUGCUCAUCGUCCUGUCUCUAAGGCUGAGCUCAGCCAACCAUACUUUGCUUGCAAAUACAGAUCUACAGAUCUAAUAAAGAUCUGGUUGUUAACUACCAAAGUAACCUCUAUAAGUGCAAUUGGCGAGCCUUUCUUCAAGAGUGCCACCAGGUCCUUAGGUUGCUACCACAACAGGCACCAAUGACCUUUUGAGCAGAGCUAAUGCCAGCUACCUUUGCAGUAGAGGCUUUGAAUAUGAACAAGAAUGAGCUGCUGAGCCACUGAUUCUUAUAGUGGGGACGUGGAUGAUCAGGGUAAUAUAUACAGUGAAUAUAUUCACACGAUUUCUGUAAGGAAAAUAAUCAAAGAUGGCUGUCAUGCUAACCUUCUAGAGUGUUUUUUUUUUCACUACCAAAAAAACAUUGCCACUAAUCCCAGUCCUGCAUUUACCUGAAAGUGUCGUUGUGCAGUGCUACAGCUUCACAAAGCCAGUAAUGAUGCUGUAGACUAAUAGUGUUAUUAUAUUUGACUUAUUUAUAUACCUAUGAUUAAUAUUCAAAUACUAUAUAUAUUUAUGUAGUACCGAACACUUUGGAACUCCAUAUUUUGUAGCUCUUCAUUUUAUUUUUUUUAAUGAAAUUUUACACUGAAGGCAGUGUUUCGUAGGUUUCUAGGUGACAACUUUGAAUGUAGGUCUCAGUAACAACUGCCAAAUUGUGUGCCACAUGUAGGCAAUACAUUUCUACAAAGACACAACCUGCAAAGCAAAGCCACCUUUCUUAGUGGUGUUUAACCUCUUUUGUUAUAAGCAAUAUAUGGAUCAUUACCCAAAGGUUAUAUGUAAAAUGCAAAUAAGUACACAGUUAGACUUCACUCUUGUAUGUGGAAAGAACAUUGUAGAGAAUAUGACUCAAGAUUACUCAAUAGCAGCUCAGCUAUCUUACAGUGUUACUAUCCAAUGAGGAUGUUAACUAUAAAAUCCAAGUUCUUGAACAAGCUGAGAAGUGAACCUUGAGUUAAUGUGUUGGUUUGUUUGGGUUUUUUGUCAUUGAUGAAGCUUCAGUGGACUGUAGAUUGUUUCUUAUGGUGACACAGGUCCAGGGACUGAUUCAAAACAGUACAACACCCACAUACCUGUAACAUGGAUCUGUGGCUAAACGUAGAACAGAUAAAUCAAAUAACCCUAAAAUGUGACUGUAAGAAAGGAUAUAAACAUUACACUAUGUGGUGGCAGUUACUUAAAGCUGUCACUUAACUCGUUUCUCAUAAUGACUCUCUGAGCUGUAAAUUGUUAUGGCAUGUUAUGGAUAAACCACUAAUGAAAAACUAUGGUAUGUUAGCUCAAUUUAGGCCUUGUCUUCUAAUUGUCAUUCCUGUGGUUCAUACAAACAAAGUUCUCUGCUGAUGUUGCUACCGUUCUUAUUGUUACAGUUUAUAAGAGAUGAAUGUAGCAGUAGUUACUGUACCCACUGGUUUCAGAUUAGUGAGCUCAAACUCGAUGGUACUCAAUGUGGAAACUAUCUUGUGAGAAAUAUUAAAAGUUUUAUUUGAA